AUGAGUCCUAUGUCUGUCAAGCCUUUGAUCCUUCUUCUUGGACAAAAUCCUCAGAAAACAAUUGUCAAAUAUGCAAAACGUGAGGCACAGACGCAUGCCAAAGAGGCGUUACUGUUGAUAACGCAAUCCCCACGCGCACAUUUCUCACGCGCCUCCCUUCAACUAACACGCUCAUUAAACUUACACGUGCGGGAUGCUCACUUCAUUCGCCUUGACUUGUUUGUCUUCACGCAGAUUGGCGUACCCGCCACUUCGCGCUUUCUUCUUUGCCAUCGGAAUUUGCCUAACGCAAGCACAGCUACUGAGUAUUGGGAUUCCCCCUUAAGCGGGCAUCUUAAAGAAGAAAAUGGAAAACCAUUAGCUGAAGAAAAGUUCUCAUUCCCUGCUCGUAUGUCAAAGAAGUCUCCUAAAGAAUUUACUAGCUAA